AUGCGAGAUGCGAGCGUUUGGAGUGGAAUUUUUGCUGCUCGUCGGCGUCGUCAGCGCUGAACUUUGUGAAUUUGAUCUUCGCAGCAAAAUAGAAAAGGGAAAAGUGACUGCGAAAGGUGAUCUUGAAACUGAGGAUGGAAUCCUGCACGCCAAGGGCACUUUUUGGAAAGACUCUGGAGAGUCGUUUUGGACUUGCCCAUGUCUCACUGGGCCGUGCAUAAGGAUUUGUAAUAGCGAUUUAAUCAAGAGGAUAGAACGAUCAUUUAACGUGACCUUCAAUUUAAACAGCACAAUCGAGAUUUGGGAUGUGAACAACAGUUCGCGUCAGGUUGUGCUGAAAGAGCAUUUCAAACUCGUCCAAGAUUCAAAGUGUUCUAAUCCUGUGCUACUUGAACCAGAGGAAAUCGAUUUGGAUGAGCACAGAAUUCUCGCAAAUGGCACUCUUCACUACACACAUGUGAAUUUGUCAGAAGAAUACAGAUUUUCAGAUCCUAGAAAUUUCUGUGUCAUACCUUUGGAUAACUCGCCACCGUUGAUAACAGCUUGUGUUGAUGUCGGCGUCGCGGAAACGCCGCUGAAAUUUUACCUCUACACACCUUUCUUCAUCCUGAGCGCCCUGUUUUUGCUGCUGACUUUAGUGAACUAUUGUUUUGUCGGCCCGGCCGAAAAAAAAUCCCUGCACAACAAGACGAUUUGUUGUCAGUCGGCCGCCCUGCUCAUCGUUUACAUCUGCCUAUCGAUCACUUAUUUGACCAUUUUGACCGGUGGCUAUAGCGCCAUGUGGUUCUGCGUCUCCACGACCUAUGUCACAAUGUAUUUUCUGAUGGCGUCCAUAUUUUGGCUCAACGUCAUGUACAUCGAUAUUUACUUGACCUUCAGGAGUUUAACGCAAACAGUGGAAAUAAAAUAUUGGCAGGCGUCAAUUUACGCUUGGGGCAUUCCUUUUUUCAUCACAUUGGCUAUGAUCCUUGCCGACCAACUUACUACUCGUGGACCUCUCAGCCCUAAUAUUGGAAAGACAAGAUGUUGGUUCCAAGAUUUUCUAUCAGAACUUUUCUUCUUUGAUGGAGUAGUGUCCGUUUUACUGGUCAUCAGCAUGGUUCUUUUUGGUGUGACGGCCAUCCAGUUGCGGCAGCAAUACAAAGGGUUGAGACGCGACCUGCAUUCGAGUAACAGCCAGGUGCACAACGGCAACCAAAUUACUUGGCAGAACGUGGAACGCUUGACCUUAUUUAUUAAAUUGUUCCUCAGUCUGGGAUUAUUAAGGGUGAUAAUGUAUUUCACGGAAGUAAUCUCAUGGUUCGUCGAGGGCCCAUACCGGCAUUACUGGUUCCUCAUACUAGACAUACCAUCCUGCUUGUUUGGGGUGAUCUUUUUUUGGAUCUGCGUCUGGUCAAAUAAAUUAAUGCGCAAAGCCCUUCUGGAGACAAUCACAUGCAAGUGGCGGGCGACGUCACCUCCAAAGCAAGGCCCGCACAUCCCUUCCCGCCACACCGAGUGUUUGCCAGUUGCUCAGUUUCAUAACUCAUUGCAUGCAAUCGACUCCUAUACUGAUUCACAUUCGGGAUGCGUGAACUUUGCUCCCGAGGCGGCCUCUCCUCACCACUUGGCGUCAUUCACCGCUCCAAUAACGCCAAUAACGCUCAGUACCGCCAGCGGGCUUAAUUUGUUAUAAAUUAAUUUCUUGAAAUAUUAAAAAAAAAAAAUAAAACAGUUAUUUGUAUUAUUUCUUAAUCAAAAUUUCUUUUCUCUGUUGCUCAAAUUUAGUUUCACAAGCAUUUACAAGUUUUUAGAAAUGCAAUUUUACCA